AUGUCCGAAGCCAUUGUCCUCCCGUCCCGCACUGAGCUUCCUGGCCCUCGCCUCACCUACAAGAGGAUUAUGGCCACCAACCCGGUUCUUCGAACCCUCCUCGACGACGCAGGCGGUGCAUGCCCCACUCGGCCGUUCAUCUACAAUGGCACCAUCUACGCCGCCGGUGACAUUGUGCUCGUGGUCAACGGCUUCGAUGAAACCCCGUCUAAAAAGCUUCCCGACGCGUGGAUCGCGAUCCUCGUCGACUACUCCUCCCAGCACCCAGUCCGCACCCACUCCAUCCGGGCCGUCCACCCCAGGGCCAAAGAAAAAAUCGAGUACGUCGGGUUAGCCUGGGCGUUCUCCGUGGAGAAUAUCCACGAUUUGGUUGACCUCAAGAUCGUGGGCCACAACGUCCUCCGUCCCUUUGACGCCAAACAGGAUGAGGAGUUCAAUACCAUUUUCUUGUCAAAGGACCACCCUCCUAAUCUCCGCUUCUGGUCCACAGAGGUGGAGUGGUUUACUGUGGACAACCUCCUUGGCCUCGUGCCGCCUGCGGACGUCGGGAACGGCGUCGCCAGCGCGCGCCCCGUCACCAUCCCCUUCACUUCCAACUGGAUGCGCCUCGCGGUGGAGGUCAUCCCCGAAGAAGAGGAAGCGUACGAGACGGCCCUGAGGGCCCACCCGAAAAUAGUGCCUUGCUGGCACGCGCUCGAGGUGUGGUCGGCCCCCGACAUCCCUCUCCCCGACGGCUUCGUCCCGGAGGACGUCCCGAAGGACGUCGAGAAGGAGUGA